CGGAUAUCGCCCGGUGAACAUUCACUGCCAGCGUUCAGUGCUGAAUUCACGCGAAAACCGCUGCUAAUAUUGGCGCGGGAAACGCGGCGCGACGGGUGUGCCGGGCUGGGCUCAGGGCGGGCGGCGCGCGCAUCCUCCACUUCAAUAUUUAACCCGUUUCGAAAACAACAUUCUACGCACAAAGGAGUUCAAACACAACAUAUGAUUGCCCUGCAAGAGUGACUGUGCAUUUGUGAUACUGCAGCCGCCUGUUCGUGAGAUGUGCUGCAGCUCUCUCCAACAGAAUCAGUAAAAAGUAACAAAUCAAGAUGACGGUCGUAGUAAAUCCUGCGAGAACUGAUUCAACAGAAGACUUGGCGUCUCCAACCUACCCAUAUCCAAACCCAAUUCCCAAUUUCAUUCCUAAUCCCAUUCCCAGUUCCAAUCCUGUACCUGACGAUAUUGAGUUUGAGUCACCCCCUCUAUCCUCGCCCUCGCCUGAUGAACCAACGCUCAAUGACGACUACGUCGACUAUGGCAGUCCCCAAUCCGACAUUGAUAAUGACAAUAUUAACUCUGGCAGUAGCAACUCUCCAGAAUCUCCGCCUAAUAAUCUUUAUGAUGAUGAAACUGAAAGUGAUAUAGUGUUCGUGGCUGGUAUUAACGAUGACACGUACCGUUUCCCUGGCCAUCGUCGGGUUUUAGCUGCCACGAGCCCUGUUUUUGCCGCGCUUCUAUCAGCAAAAACAGAUGUUAUUGUUGUCGACUAUAUUGACCAUCGCGGAUUUGAAAAUCUGCUUCGCUACUACUAUUGCGAGCCUACUCAACUCAACACAGUGCAGACAGCUAGAUCGACUCUCGAUGCCGCCUAUAAAUUUUUAUGUCCCCAACUAACCGAGCGUUGUGCUCGUAAGCUCGAUGAGAUGCUAGACGCUGAAGUUGCACUGGAUAUAUUGCGAGAUUUGCGCUUCUUGUGUGCGAGGCUUCCAGGAGCGGCAUCAGCACCGCCGUUGCCAACACUGUCAGACGAUCGGGCGGCUCGCUCUCACGCCCAAUGCGCUAGUUGGUGCGACAUGCUGGCGCAUAACACCCUUCUUGUGCUAGACGACAACGCAGAUGCAGCUUUAGAACACGAAAAAUUAGAAGAUCUGACCUACGAGGAUCUUUCGUUGAUAGUAAAGCGAGAUACGCUUCGGGUAUCCAACGAACUCGUAUUGAUUGAAGCUUUAUCACGUUGGAGCACUGCAAUAUGCAAACGAUAUAAACGAGAGUUGACGCCCAGUAACAAACGAGCUGCUCUAGGUGAGCUUUCAUAUUGCCCCCGCUACUUACUACUCGAGGGUGAGGAAUUGGACCGAGCUUUAGGAUUUGAGUUAUUGGAGCCAAUGGAACGAGCUUUGGUAUUAGCUCGUGCUAGGAAAUUGUCGGCUCCUAUUCCGGUGGGAACUCAUCAAGAAAAUUUACUACGUCGCUGGGCUCGUCCUCGACCAAAAGACCCGGCCGCCGCUCCAGUUAAAUUGAGCAUUCGUUCGGAGCCAGAACAAGAUGAACCUAAACCCACAAAGCUCUGCGCUCGUCGCCCAAAACGCUUGAAACAGCCCAAAUAUCAGAUAGAGGAUCCAUAUUCUUACUCGUAUAAUAACAAAAAAGGCUGCUGCUCAAAAUUUGCGGAUGGGUUAAUUCGAGCAUUUAUUUGUUUAUUUGAUUAGAAAAAUCUUAUACAAAUAUAUUGUAUUAAACGUUAACACACCUACCUUUUAUAAAAUAAUCCAUAUCUUCAUUAUAAAACAGACGAUCUCCUUUUGUGUAGGUAAUAUGUGUCUUAGAAAUACUUUUAACUAAGGAAAGGCAGAUAUUUGGAUGUUUACCUAGUACAUGAUAAAAAUGAGAAAAUGGAAAUGAAUUUAUGUAGAAAUUACAACUAAUGUAGGUGAAGAACUCUGAAUCUAAAUAAUUAAUUGUUAUUUAAAAUUAACAUUAAUAUUUUGACGAAGCAAGCUUGUGUAUACUUCCUUAAUUUAUGUAGCUCAGCUGCAUAUUUUGUAGUAUUUUCAAAUUAGGUGUAAUACGUAUUAAAACUCUUCUUAAGUAAUUUAAAAUAUAUAGUUGAAUCAAAUUGUUGGACAAUUUGGCUGAAAUUUAUACAAAAAUUAGGUGCACAAACAUAAUUUCUAGAAAGUUUUUGUUAAAACUGUUAUUCUUUAAAGCAUAUUUUAUUGCAUUUGCGCAACGAUUUACUUAUAUUUGUUGCUUAGUAUGUACCUUAUUUUUAAAUAGAAUCUUUAGUUAUUUUAGUUAUCUUAUAAUUGCUCCUUAAUUAGGUGACUAUUGUUUCCUAAAUAUUAAUUUGCUAGUCGGUAGCUUAAGUACAUUGUUAUUUUUACUAUAUAAAUAUUUAUAGAUAAUUUUUAUGUUUUAGUAUUUCAACGCACGGUGUCGUUUUGUUUAAAUGUCAUUAAAUUAAUAUUAAUACUGUAUUCCUAUCAUUUCUUAAAAUUAAGAAGAAGGAAUUAAGGCGGUGCCAUACUAAGUAGAAAUCAUACAAGUUACUUCUCAUCGUCGAAAAUUGAAUCUUCAUGUGUAAAUAUUGCUCAUAUCUUAUUAUAAAGUGAAAUUGAAUUAUUUUCGUACAAUUCAAAUACAAAUUCUUCUUAUGAACUUUCUACGUAUUCUUUUACAUGAGAUAUAUAACUAUGAUUGUAUAAAUAACUUUUUUAGACCUAUGGUGAAUCUAUUGAAGGGCUUUCUUUUUUAAUUCUUAUUAAAUUUGCUAUAGAAGAACAAUAUUGUAAUAAGAGCGAGCAUUGUAUUAUCUUCUUAAAUGAUGAUGGAAUAAUGCAGGAUCUAUUGGUGAAUAAUAUUAAAAACAACGACAAACUUUUUUUGUGAGGUUCAAUAUAAUAGUAUAUAAAUAAUUUUAUAUACUUUUAGGCAAAAAGUUUUGUGUGUCAAAUUAUUUGUAGGCUAAUCGAUUGUUCAUCGUAGAAGAUUUUAUUCACUGAUAGUUUCUGUAAGAUUAAAAAAAAAUAUAUUAUAAUAAGUAUACCUAUUUAUUGGUAUUAAUCUCAAAUUAGGUAUUACCUAUGCAUUUACAACCAUAAAUUAUGUUACCAUUAUAAUAUUACAAUAAAAUUGUAUCUCCUUGUUUUAAAUGGGUGUUUAACAAAUUAGAAAUUAUUUGCAUUAAAUGUAAUCAUUAAUCAAUAUAGUGAAAAUAUGAAGGUGUCCAGCUAAAAGCUGAAUGUAUGUAUUUCAAUGGAAAAAUAAAAUAAACAUGUCGUUAAA